GAUUCUUUAAAAUUUCAUGAUUAAUUAAUUACUUUUUUCAUAAGUUUUUGUUUAUUAUUUUCAUAGCUAGUUAAAAAAUGCUGACUGUUUUAUUGAUGUUUUUGGAUUAUUUAGUUCAUUACAGAGUGAAACUUCAAGAUGGAGAGUUUUUUGAUUCAAGCUAUGAUAGAGGGAAGCCUUUUACGUUCAAGGUAGGACAAGGUGAAGUUAUUAAAGGAUGGGAUCAAGGAAUUGCUACAAUGAAAAAAAGUGACAGGGCAAUUUUCACAAUUCCGCCAAAUUUGGCUUAUGGAGAAACUGGUUCUCCCCCUCUUAUUCCUCCCAAUUCAACACUUGUUUUUGAAAUAGAAUUGGUCUCUUGGAAUUCAGUUAGAGAUAUCACUGGAGAUGGAGGAAUAUUGAAGAAAGUAAUUAAGGAAGGUGCAGGAUGGGCUACACCUAGAGAUGUGGAUGGAGUACUAGUGAAGUAUGUAGCAAGCUCUGCAGAUGGAAAAACUCUGUCAAAAUCUGAUGAUGGUGUUGAGUUUUCUUUAUUGGAAGGUUACUUAUAUCCAGCCAUGACGAAAUCCUUGAAGACAAUGAGAAAAGGAGAAAUAGCUGAGUUAACUGUGAAGCCAGCUUAUUAUUUGGAUGAUGUUGGAAUUGGAAAAUUGCAAUCAAAUUCGAAUAUGACAAUUCAUCUUGAGCUGAUAUCAUGCAUGGAAAAGUGUUGUUGAUGUUACUGGAGAAAAGAAGGUUCUUAGGAAGUCAAUUAAGGCUGGUGAAGGCUAUAAUCAUCCUAAUGAAGGAUCCCUUGCAAAAGUGGUAUAUAUUGGAAAGCUACAAGAUGGGACUUUAUACAGUCGUAUUUGAAAGAAAAGGAUCAGAUGAACAACCCUUUGAAUAUGUAUGUUUAGAAGGUAAACUUUUCUUCUGUCUUCU